CCAAUUCCGAACCAGGCAACCACCAGCAAAUACCAAUACCACCCUCAUCGCCCGCUCAAUCCCUCUUUCGCUUUGGAUAACCGUUCCUCUUCUUCGAGUAGUAGUCGAGUACCAGCAAUGUAUAGCGAAUGCCAGCAAUCUUCCACGCCGUCGCCGAGGCACAAGCUCAAGCUCUGGUGUUUCUCCUCCUCCGUCCACCACGUCGAGCCUCCGGAGGCCGAUCAGGACAAGCCGCGGACCCCGCGCUCGCCCUACGCGUGGAUCAAAUCGACGGCACAGGACCUGCCCGAGAUUGGUGACCGAUGCAAGAACCUGAUCUCGCGGAUCGGCAGGGCCCGCAGCAGGCACCACCGCUCGCACUUGGCGGACUUCAGCUACGACCCGUUAAGCUACGCGCUCAAUUUCGAGGACGACACGCGGGUCGACGAGUUCCCGCUCGACUUCUCCGCUAGGCUGGCGGCGUCGAGGAGGGAGAUCGUUGCGUUUAGCUGAGAACGAUUUGCCGUUUUGGGUCAUGUUGUUUGUUUGUAUGUACAGAGACAAGAGUGCCUGACAUUGAUUUUGUCUUGUCGGGAACUAUGUAGUGUAUGUAUUUUGUAAGUUUCAAAUUAAUUUAUUAUGAAUUCAAUUUUGCUACUGUUAAUUUAGGCGUUUUUCUGGACAUGCACUGUCAGUCUAAAAAUGUGUCUUUCUCGGAAGGUGCCAUUCCCCACUCCAUGAAAAGUACAUUUU